UAUCCCUCCCUUUGGUUUUCAAUUCUUCCCCCAACGGCUUCAAUACAUGCAGACAGACGUAUAUGCGUAUAUGAGCCGGUUCCUCUGCAACAGUAGCAUACAAGCAUGGAAGCGAUGCAUGUCUUUAGCACAAGGCUGCAGCAACAUGCGCAAACUCAAAGCCACCCACGCCAUCUUCAUCACCUAUGGCCUCCACCUCAACAACUACGCCAUCAGCAAGCUCAUCGCCUUCUGCGCGCUAUCGAACUCUGGUGACCUCGCGUAUGCGUCUCUUCUGUUCAACCAAAUCCAGACCCCAAAUUCUUACAUUUACAAUACCCUCAUCAGAGCCUACUCUCGCAGUUCUCAGCCUCAUUUGGCUGUGCAUUAUUUCCUUCUCAUGUUGAAACAGAGCAGCUUGGGACCCGAUAAUUAUACUUUCAACUUUGUCAUCUUGGCUUGCGCAAAUUGCUCUUGGCUAGUUUCGGGCAGGCAAAUUCACAAUUGGGUUGUUAAAAAUGGGUUGGUUUUAGUGGAUGCUCAUGUUCAGACAGCCCUUGUUAGACUUUAUGCCGAGUGCAAGGUUUUAGAUGAUUCCAAGAAGGUGUUUGAUGAAAUUCCUGAGAGAGAUGUUAUACAGUGGAAUGUUCUUAUGAAUGGGUAUGUUAGGUGUGGUUUGGCUUCUGAGGCUUUGAAGAUUUUCCGGGAUAUGUUGGUAACUGGGUUUGAGCCUGAUGACUUCUGUGUGGCUACUGGGCUCUCGGCUUGUGCUCAUUUGGGGGCUCUUCGGCAGGGGAAUUGGAUUCAUGAGUAUGUUAAAAAGAGGACAGGGUUGAAGGCAGAUGUGUUUAUCGGGACUGCGCUUGUUGAUAUGUAUGCCAAGUGUGGUUGUAUAGAUUUGGCUGUGGAAGCCUUUGAGGGAAUGCCAAAAAGGAAUGUGGUCUCAUGGGCAGCUAUGAUUGGGGGGUUUGCAGCACAUGGAUAUGCAACUAAUGCAAUUCAUAGCUUGGAGAGAAUGCAAGUGGAUGAUGGUCUAAGGCCCGAUGGGGUCGUCCUUCUUGCAGUGCUAAUGGCUUGUACUCAUGCAGGUCUCCUGGAGAAGGGUAAGCUUCUAUUAGACAACAUGAAAACUCAAUAUGGGAUUGUGCCCAAACAUGAGCAUUAUAGCUGUGUUAUAGACUUGCUCUGUAAGGCAGGUCGGUUAAAUGAAGCACUUAAGCUUAUCAGAAGAAUGCCCAUGAAGCCACUUGCUUCUGUCUGGGGUGCUUUACUGAGUGGGUGCCGAAUCCAUAAUAAUGUAGAUCUUGCAGAGCUUGCUGUUAAAGAACUUCUACAGCUAGAAAAUGAUGUCAGGGGAGAGGAAGUCGGUGCUUAUGUUCAGUUAUCAAACAUUUAUUUGGGUGCACGGAGAAGUGAAGAUGCAAUUAGGAUACGGAAGAUGAUUGGUGAAAGUGGAAUCAAGAAGACACCAGGAUGCAGUAUGAUAGAGGUGGAUGGGAAGGUUAAUGAGUUUGUUUCAGGAGACGUAUCACAUUCACAUCAAGCAUGGAUAUGUGCAAUGCUGGACCUAAUAUCUGCUGACUCAAUUCAGGACCCUUUCUAGAUUAUGUUGAAUGGUCUGCAUACUUAACAGUUCUGGAUCCUCAAGGGUUAUGACUUCGCAUUGCCCAUGGCUGCUCAAAUGUUCUUAUCAAGCUGGUUUCGCAUAGACUUCACCCGCUGCUAGGCAAUGUCUGAAGGAAGAUGCAUGGUUAACAUUGUGUUAACUCUGUUAAGAUUGAUUGGGAAAAUCUGCUGUCACCCUGAAUGGAGCAGCAAAGGGAUGAUGGACUCUCAGUCUUCGAUUCCUAAGUGCUA